AUGGAAUUUAAAUUGGAGGAUUUCACUUUAGGCCCAACUGAAGAAAAGUUGGACAGAUGUAAAAAGGACGACCUCAUUCUUAUUGCCAAUUUCUUUGAUGUGACUGUGCCACUGAAUGCAAAGAAAAAGGAGCUUAAAGAGCUCCUGUGUAUUGAACUGCAUGAAAGGGGGUUGUUUGGUAAGCCAGGUCCUACAGAGGGAGUCGAGCUGGGAGCUGUUGCUGGUAUUCCUGCCCCACUGAAAAAUCUCCCUCCUCAACCUGGCCCUUCUGCGGAAGAGCUGCAGUUAACGCUGCGCAUAAAGGAGGUGGAGUUAAAAAAGCAGCAGUUGGAGGUGGAAGCUAUGCACUUAAGGGUGAGGGCUCUGGAGAUAGAGAGGGGAGCCUCUGUAUCUGCCAGUCCUCCUACACCUCGGUCAGCCCCGCAGUCACCAUCCCCGCAGCCAGCUUUGAUGUGCACUACACUGGCCAAAGAAUGUAUGGUCUCUUUACUUCAGUGCAACUUGGUGGGGAAAGCUCAAGAGGCAAAGUUUUCAGGUCCGUAUGUCGUUGAGCGCAAACUGAGUGAAACCGAUUACGUCGUGUUAACCCCUGACCGUAAGAAGAAAAGUCGCGUCUGUCACAUCAACAUGCUGAAGGAGUAUGUUGGCCGUGAACGCUCUGGUCUGUCGCCUGCUGUAUCACCUAUUGUGAAUCACAGAAACCCUAAACGUGCAUCUUGUGAAGAGGUUGCUAAGAUCAUUGUAAACAGAUACCCUCAAACAUUUGCAGAUUUUACUGAAAAGGGAGAAAGACUGGGUUGUGGACAUUAUUCACUACCAAGAAGCAUCAAAUCUAGAGUUGAACAUGUUAAUCAAGAUAAUACAACACACAGACUUCGUCAAACAAAGAGAACCAGGAAUGAGGAAGACUGCAGUCCCAACAGUAAUGCAACCCCACCUAAAAUAGUUAGAUGCCUUGUGGAUAGCUAUGGUUGUAUAAAUUGGCAGCCAGUUGAACUUCCUGAGAGGGAAACGCCAGCUUCUUUAGAGGAAAAGAAACACAUCAUGUUAAGAAUUUUUAAUUCAGAAGGACCUGGAGCUGUGGAGAGACCUGAUGUGGAUGACAUCAUGUGCCUCACAUAUAUUUCUCAGCGGCAGCUUAUCAACAGUUGUCCCUCACUUUCAGUAGCUGAAAUUCAGGAGCAGUGGCCAUUCUUGUUUACUCUGAAGGGUCUUUCGAACCACUUUUACAAACUCACAGGCAUCUAUAUCAGUGAGCGCUUAGGUCAGGCCCUCAUAACCAAAGGCAGAAGGAUUAUUAACUAUUUCUCCAGCCAGAAGCUCAAAUGGAACCUUGGUAUAAGGACACUCAUCCAGCAGAUAGAAAGUGAGGGAGUUUUGACCAACAACAAGGUUGGCACAGCAGCCAUACUUCUCAUGAUGAAGUAUUACAAGGAAGAUAAAGACUCCCUCUUUGUCUUAGCAGGGGAAACAUCUACCAGGAUGUCCCUUGAAGCAGAGAGCAACCUGCCAAGCACCCCAAGGUUGAUUAUGCUUGGACAAAGUUCAAUGACCGCCACCUGCUGGAUGGUGAGUGCAGAGGGACGUGUAAUUGUUGAGCUGGACAAAGAGAACACCUUUGCUGAUGCAAUGUCAGCCUUCUUUGGUUCAUUCUAUGUAUUGAACCUGGAAUACCAGGAGUCAGUGUGUGCAACACUGGAACUAAUUCAGAGGUUUGUUGUAAGGAUAAACCCUGAAGAGGGAACAAAAUGUACCUCCAAGGUUGGGACAAGCAGAAAGACUGGGACCACUGUGAAGCGAAAGGUUGUUCACAUUAACCCUCAUGUCACAACUUUCCUCCAGCGGCUUACUGAAUUUGAGUGGAGAACUUCAAAUUAGAUGAUCCAUGGCCCAUGCUUUCUGGACAUUUACACAAGACGAACAACAAUGAAGACAAGCUCUCUCGCCAUCUUGCAAGACGCUGUCUCUGUCCAAUAGGUUUAUUGAGUGCAACAGUUUUGAUUUUUUUUUCCUUCUUUUACCCGUUUGUUAAAAAUUAUUUCAGCUACUUACACUUUAAUUGUCACAUGUAUUGGCUCACCCUACAAAUCAAUGAACUCCACAAAGCAAGAUCAGGGUUCAGUGCAGGUCAGUCAAGUUCCUUCACAGCACACACGCUCAUCCAUGCCCUUGUGGACCCUGCUUUGUGCAUUGAUUUGGUGGUGUGAGCCAGU